AAAUUAACAAUAACAAAUAUUUUCCCUUUGUGUACACUUUUUACUUCUACAAAUUUUAGCAAAAAUCUGCCAAAAGCACCUACCACCUUCGCCCUUCACACAGCGACGAGGUAAUAAUGGGUCAGGCGAACAGCCAAUUCAGCGAGGACGAACUCCAGGACUACGAAGAUUUGACAUAUUUUACGAAAAAAGAAAUCUUAUAUGCGCACAAAAAGUUCAAGAAUCUAGCCCCGGAAAAGGUGGGCCACAACAAGAACGCGAAGCUGUCCAUGAGCAAGGUCCUUGAGUAUCCGGAGCUGAAGGCAAACCCGUUCGGUGAUCGGAUCUGCAAGGUAUUCAGCUCGAGCAACGAUGGUGACAUUACGUUCGAGGACUUUCUCGACAUGAUGUCCGUGUUUUCCGACGCUGCACCAAAGGCGGUGAAAGCCGAGCAUGCCUUUCGCAUCUACGAUUUCGAUGGAGAUGAUAUGAUUGGCCGGAACGAUCUGAAGCAAGUCAUUCAACGGCUGGUCGAUUACAACUCGGACCUUGGGCACAACGAUAUUGAUCAACUGAUUAAUAAUAUCCUCGAGGAAGCCGAUUUAGACGACGAUGGAGCACUGUCGUUUGCCGAAUUUGAACAUAUAAUCGAUAAAUCAUCCGACUUUAUAAACUCCUUCCGUAUACGACUGUAAUGCACCGUUUUGCAAUCCCUUUGCUCCCCCACACUAACCAUCGUUCGAAUAAUGUGUUUUCGAUCAUUUUAUAGUCUCAAAAAUCGUGAUUUAAUUUAAGUGUAUGUGUGAGAGCGCACAAUUUCAUAAUAAAAUUGUAUUUCUAUCGUUUUGAA